AGCAGGCCCUCCACCGGGGACCAGAUCCAAACCCGUCCAACUGCCCCGGACGACCCAGCGCCGGGCGACUAUCUGCUCCAACGCGUUACGCAACCCGGCCCCCAGCGAGUGAUUGCAACAGGCCGCUGGGCCGCAGAUAAGCAGGCAGAGAUGGUGAGCCCAGCCCGAGGCCAGAUCCGGGGACCCCAGACCCCGCCGCCACGUGCUCCAUCUUCCCAGCGUGAGCCAGACCGUUCCCACCCACCCUACAGAGACCCAGCGAGGCAGCGCCUUAUUCUCUCCAUUUCAGUGAUGAAGAAACCAAGGCUCGGAGUGCUUGAUGUUGCAAGGACUCACCGCCCUUCAGGCUGGAGAACAGAGCGAGGGCAGAGGUCGGUGCUUCCCCCACCCUCAGGAGGGCAGGGUCCGGGGCUCCCAGACCUCGCAGCACUCAGCCCUGGCCACAGAGGACGCCUUGCAAACCUCUCGGCAGUUGCCAGCGCUCCCUGCCCCCUACAAGUCAGACUGGCCGCCUGGCCCAGCUGCGGAGCUCAGAUGCCCAGCCUGCCAGGCACCGCUCACGCUGACCCUGGGGACCCAAAGCACAGAGCCUGGGACCUGGGCCUGCACUUCCCCAGGCCUUCUCCCGCCAGCCUGUUCAAGGAGGGGGGAUGCAGAGUAACCGGCGGCGGCAUCAGCGAACACUUCUGGAGGAGUGAUGAUGACCACGGACACGGCCUCGCCAUUCAGCUCCUGGUGACAGAGCUCCAUCCCAGUAGCUGCGGACGCCGGCAGGCCCAGGACGGCAACGGCGCGGCACGCACCUCUCCUGCCCCUGAUCUCCCUGCUCGCCAUCACUGCACCUCGCCGAGGCCUCAGAACUUCUCCCGCUGAGCCCCUGGCGGCCACGAUCCGUCAGUGAGAGAGGCCUGCGGGCUGGGGCCUGCGGGCUGGGGCCUGCGGGCUGGGGCAGACCUGAGUCCCCGCUCCGGGGGCCUGGUGACCUCUGCUCCCCGAGACGGCACCUCUUGCUCUCCCAACCCCAUCCCCUGCAGCCCCUGUGGAACACUGCCCCGAACUGCAGACACAGCUUUCUAAAAGCGCCCUCGGCGCGGCUCGGAGAUGUGUUUGGAGCUGCCCAUGAGUCUUUCCAACAUCACCAGGGAGACGUCAGGCAUGCCAAGUCACAGACGGCUCGGCUCGCCAAACAGGUACACCUAGCCCUGGAAACAAACCACCUUCUAAAGGGACCGGAAGGCUUCAGGGAGGAAUGGCCCCUUCCCUUCCCGAGGCCUGGUAUCGCUGCCCAGAGGGCACCUCAGCCCUCCUGCCCUGGGAAGGGGUUGGCGGGAGGGCAGGCGACCUGCUGGUCUGGAGUAGGAGGGCUGUAUCCAGGCCACCACCUUCAGGAGGACCGGAAGGCCCAGCUGGACACACUGGGGACACACACGUUCCAAGAAGCUGACAGGGCAUCGCUUGGUAGAGUCUGAAUUCUUUUGAACACGAGGGAAGGUUUGCUGAAAGCGGGGAAAGUCCAGGGCGGCCACGCGAAGGGAGACCAGCCUAACACCCCUGCAUGUACACACACAGCAGCACGAACACACGCACACACACACGUGCCCACUUGCACACAUGCACACACAUGCAGCCCAGGCCGCCAGAUCCCCCUCCACGUCUGUCCACCAGGCCCAGGCCUCCCACACCCAGGGCUGUCAGAAAUUCCACCUUCUGGGGACCUUCGUGAGUACAAUUCCAGCAGCCUUUAAAUCCGCCUAAGAAAAUAAACAUGCCCUCUCCCCAGCAGAGCCGGCUCAGGCCAGGGUCUGCCCUCGUCGCCUCGGGCCCCGGAAUCCUGGCUGUGGGCCCACCCCUCCCCGCCACCAGUGCCAAAAGGGGAUCCAACUCGGCAGACCCUGGAGGGCCCCGGCCAGUCCACUCACCCUCCCAGCCCACGCGCCCGGGGCCCAGCCCGACCGCACGGGCAGAACCCAGGGCGCGAACUGCCCUCUGCCUCCCCGGGUGCAACCAGUGCCCACGCUAGGAAGUGGGGGCCCCGUCCCCCAGGAGACAAGGAAGACGGGGGAGGCCGCGCUGAGACCCGCUGCCCUGGGCCGGGGAAGAUGAGCAGAUGGGGCCGACGUGCCCAAGGCGCUGCAGCCCACACAGCUGCCCCCGACCCCCGGGAUGGAGUGGGCACCUCGCUCUCCCAGAGGACCGCGCCCCUCUCUGCGCCCCAUACAACGUGCAGGGGACGCUAAGGACCGACGUGGAGCCGCUCCCCGUGCUGGCCCCGCACUCGGCCCCUCGGUCGACCCCAUGACACCCGCACCCUGACUCUGUUUCGCAGCGGAGACCGCGGCUGAGUCAGGAGGUGGCUGCAGGACGUGGCUGGGGCACGCGGCCCCCAGCGCCCGCCGGCAGCCGGGGAUCAGCGCCAGCCCCGCCAAAGGAAAACAAGGGAGGCCCAGCAGAGGGUGGCUGGAGGCUGGGUGGUCCAGACACUUAGCCUCGCACGGUCUGCUCUGGGCGCGCGGCCACCUCUGCCCGCUGCUGGGCAGAGGCGAGGUGGGGAGGGGCAGGGCGGUGCUGCCAAGCCCUGGGCCGCCCGUCUGUGGGCCCGGAGUGGGACCCCUGCGCCCUCCCUGGUGCCCGAGACGCGCCCGCGGGCCCUCAUGCACCCCAGGUGGGCCCUGGCGAGCGGCCACCAGGCCUGGCUGGAUCCCCCAGCCCAACCCCGCUGGGGUGUCCGACCUCCCGUCAGGAGUGUUAGGGUCCAUCCACGUCUAGGCUGCCCCACGGCCCGGGAGGCCUGGGGGCGGCUCACCUGCCCCCUGCCUCGCCACGUUCCCAUCACACACCUGGGCAGGCCCAAAACCCACUGCAGCCCUGGGACCAGGCCCUCAAGCCCAGAACACUGACCCCUGGCUGUAUUCAAGCCCCUCACACAUCACUCCUGGGACCCUCCUGCGGGGCCGUCAGGGCUCCAGCUCCCCACACAUCAGGCCUCCUGACCAACAGGAAGCCAGACCUCAGCCCCCCAGGCUCUCCCCGUCCUGACACACGUGCACACCUGCGCACUCACACAUGGGCACACAGAGACCAGAAUCUACCACCCCCCACCCCACCACACACAGACCAGAACGACCCCACCAACACACGCCAGCCACACACCCCGCCCCCCGGGAGGCUGGGCCCACAGCCGCUGCAUGGCCGCCCCAGACCUCCCCGAGGCCCCGCGCACCCUCUCACAGACCCCACUGGGCGCUGUUCACCUCUCAUUUGAUGCUUAACAAUUCCUUCACGGCUCCAGAUUGGCCGUUACACCUCGGCUUCAAUUAAAGAGGCCGCACGACGGCAUU